AUGGCAAGUCGAUUCUUCGAUUAAGUAGAUCAUGCUUCAAACUUGAAGCUAAAUCUUAUACUUUUAGUUAUAAUCAGUUCAUCAAUAGAUAUUGUGAAUUCACUUGAGUAUUAAUCAGGGACUCUUACUUAAAUUCUUUAUCCAUCCACUCCUCUCCAUAUAUUAGCAGAUUCACAUACUGAGAACUCUCAGAUAUCUUUAACUUAGCCAUUGACUGGUUUUGUAAAUGAACCUUAAAUCAUCUACUCAGUGUAUAGAAUGAACUUUGAAAAUGCAGUAUCUGGAGGAUACACUUUCUCGAUUACAUCACAAUCAACAUCAUUUUUAGCAUUUACAAUAACAGUAGUUGCCCCUACAGUUUAAAAAAUUUAUAAUGUUUGGAUUAAAUGGUUGGCUUUUGUGGAUAGGAAUAAAUAGGUCAUAAGCGAGGAGAUUGUAACACCAUAAAACUCAGAGACUUUCACAGAAACACAUUUCAAUAAGAACUUUAUAAUUGCUGUUCCAAUAAUAAAUUAUUUGACUUACACUAGUUCUUUUACUUUCAAAUUUGAUAUGCCCCAAGUUGAUACAGCCUAUGUGUAGAUUGUGUUUACUAGCACUGGAGUAUCUUAAAUAGGAUUUCAAUUAUUGGUAGCCAUAAAAAGUCCAGUUUACUUAUUUGGAGAACAAUAAUGGGCUCCAGCCUCUAGCACUUUAAAUUUGAGUCCAUUUGAAAUUAAUAGUGUGUAGAUACCUCCUUUGUAAUAAUCUGAUAAUAUUAAUUUUCCAAUAUUUUUGGGACUUACAUCUGACUUAACAGAUCAAGUUAAUAUAGAAGAGAUUAGUUCAUCAAUCAACCCUUAGUUGUCUUUUGAGAUUGGAUCUUCCAUAACCUGUUCUGUAACUAGUGGAUGGUUCAAUUACAUGAUUAUAUCUCCCUAAUUUUAAAUCCCUCCACUUAUUUUACAAACUUUCUCUUAAUAAGAGUAUUUUGUCAGCAGCGGCACCUAAUAAAUCAGUGUAGAACUCCCACUAUAUAAAACUACCUAUACAAGUACUACUGGUUGGAUAGAAAUGGAUAACUCGUUUCUUGGAAUUUAAUUGGUGAUUACAACAGAAUGUCUAUUCAAAUAUAAACAUGAUUAUUGGUUCCUUGGUUCUGUUAAUGAUAAUCAAAGAUAUAUUCAAGACUACUUUUAUUGUUCUGAUGGAUUCAAUAGGAUGAAAUAUAUUAUUAAUUUCACUGAUGGGGAUAGACUUGAAUAUAAAACAAUCAAAUUUGUAUUCACACCUACUAGUGUUGAAAUGUACUAACAACUCGAUAAUGUGAAUUUUGAUGAGGAAUACAGAAACCUAAAAAUAGUGAUUAGUCAAGUCAGAUGA